AUGCCCGGAGCGGCUGCAGGGACGGCGGCUACAGGAGCAGGCUCGUCAGGAGCGGUAGCAGCGGGGAUGCUCCCAGCUCAGGAGGCAGCCAAGAUCUACCACACCAACUACGUGCGGAACUCGCGGGCCAUCGGCGUGCUCUGGGCCAUCUUCACCAUCUGCUUUGCCAUCGUCAACGUGGUGUGCUUCAUCCAGCCGUACUGGAUCGGGGACGGCGUGGAUACCCCGCAGGCGGGCUACUUCGGGCUCUUCCACUACUGCAUCGGCAACGGCUUCAGCCGGGAACUCACCUGCCGGGGCAGCUUCACGGACUUCUCCAGCCUGCCCUCGGGAGCCUUCAAAGCCGCGUCCUUCUUCAUCGGGCUCUCGAUGAUGCUCAUCAUCGCCUGCAUCGUCUGCUUCAUCCUCUUCUUCUUCUGCAACACAGCCACCGUCUACAAGAUCUGUGCCUGGAUGCAGCUGACCUCGGCUGCCUGUCUCGUCCUGGGUUGUAUGAUUUUUCCUGAUGGCUGGGAUUCAGAUGAGGUAAAACGGAUGUGUGGUGAAAAGACAGACAAGUACACGCUGGGGGCUUGUUCAGUCCGCUGGGCAUAUAUCCUGGCAAUUAUUGGAAUCUUGGAUGCCCUGAUCCUCUCAUUUCUGGCAUUUGUGCUUGGAAACAGACAAGACAGCUUGCUAGCAGAGGAGCUCAAGUUGGAAAACAAAGAUGAUGGAAAUGCUUAAAGCAAGUGCAGGUAGUAUGACCCAGACUAACUCCUACUAAGCCAAUCCUCACUAGAAUGAGCACAAAACAAAUGAAUAACAGCUUUUGUACAUCAACAUUAAAAUGGGAAGAAGCUUGGGAAAGGGCCUCCAACAGAGAAGAAUGCUGACAAGUGCAGAAAUGCCUGAUGGAUAAGCACCACCUUCUAAACAUAGAUCAGCCAGACAUGGAAGUGAUUUCAGAAGAGAAAUGCAAUCAUGGAUUACACACCAGCUCAUUAGAAACUGUUGCUGAAUUCAGCAUCCAGAAGACAUGCAUGAAAAGUCACAUUUGGGGAAUAAAUUAAAAGGGGUGUAGUUGUUGCUAGAUAAACAUAUGUAAUAUAUAUGCAUUGAAGAGGUUUGUAAAUGUCAUUUUUUUUAUUCGGACGGAAAGCAAAAAGCUUUAAAACCUUUCACAGUAGAGAGGCAGUUAACUUCAGACUAUUCCUAUCCCAGUAGCCAAGAAGCUGUUAGGACAUCUCUCUUAAAUUAGCAUUUAUAGACUCUGAAUGUUUCCAUCACCUAGUGGAAAAAGCAUAACUUUUACUGCUACAUUGCUGCACUUCAUUUACUUCACUGUAUAAUAAGUUGACUAAAACUGUAAAGCUUCUCAAUUUUUACUGCAUAUGUGUUCCAAUUAAUAUGUCUGUAACAAACUUAAGACUCAAAAAUUACUUCUGACCUAUAUUCUAGUUCUAUGAAGCAUAUAUACUAUAAGGUAUGUCUGACUGAAUAUCAUAAUGCUAUAUCUUCCCAAGAUGCAUAGAAUUGUUUGUAUUUGAAGUGACAAAAUAAAAGCCCUUGAUUUCUUUUUUAACAGAAGAAAGUAAUUUACCCCUUAAAUGUAACACACUGCUGCUCACUUCAAGGGCAUUUUGUUCCCCUGUUCUUCCAUACAACUGGGCAGUGACACUGUCUGGCCCGUGCUAAUGCCAAUCAGACAGGGUGAUCUAAAGAGACCUUCUGGCCUUAAGUUUAAACUCAAUACA